AUGUCUUUGGAUGAGUUCUUUGCCAAAAAGGGGAAGAAGAAAUCAAAAAACAAGAUAAGCACACAGGAACUCUUUGAGCAAAUUGCGGACAAUACUUUGCCCCAAAAAGUAGAAACUGAGAAGGUUCCCGACCCGUCAGCCGUGGUCGCUCAGGCUGUAAGCUUAGCAUAUUUUCUUACGUCUCCUUUAGGAGAAUGAAGAUUGGGAGCCCAUCGUUAACGAAGAUGUGGACUUAGACCUGUCGACUAUGCGUAUAGGCGAUCUUUCGGUAAAGACUGAGCAAGAACAGGCGGUCGCCGAUAGCUUGGACGCCCCCAGCAAGGGUGACGAUGCCAAGGUGGUUUGGGGCGGGAAAUCCACAACCGAAAGUGAGUAAUUGCAUACUCAGUAUUUUUAUUUUUCGUCUUUAUAAUGGCCUUUGCACCACCGACCUCAUGCCACCUAGCAUUUUUCACUCAUGUGGACGAAAUUAUCGCCGUACACCUGCGUCUUACACUAUGUAAAAUGUGAUAGGUCGUAUUCAGUGUAGGAUGAGGGCACCGUUUACCCAUCCCGACUUUUGUUUCGUCAUGGCGGUCGUCAAUCCUCGAUGCUUAAUCCUCCUUGCGGUCGAACGUUGUACAACAAUCCAAUUUGAGUUUUCUCGAUGUGUCGGGUUCGGAGGCGUAGGAGACGUUUUCUCACUCUCAGAACCAGAAGUCACUGCUUCUGCGCGUUUUCGAACCAGCUAGCCGCCUCCUCCACCGAAAACGUGCUAAUUGACGGUCGCAAUCUUGGCCAACAAUUCCGUAAUGCAUAGCACCAAUCUAUGGCGUAUUUUCUGUUUUUUUAAAGUGAGAGCUCGCAUAGACGAAGUUAUAUUUGAGACAGCUAUUAUUCACUGGGACUGAAUAAGCUGUCAAACGCCAACCUCACUAACACACAGUACGCCUCACCGGUAAUGUCGACAAAACGAGAUAUUUACGUCCAUUAGAGCGAUUCACGACCCCCAAACCACCGUGACCCUAGCAGAACUGAAUUUCGACGGAACAGUCAUCCUGACACGAAAACGACAAAUUCUAAAGCGUUAGGCCAAACCCUUCGGAGGUGUCUUAAGUCGGCCGUCUGAACUAUCUCACAAAGUCAUCGGCAAACCCGCAAACGAGAACUAGCGUAGAGUUCGACCGUCCGCUCUCGCCGCAAGAAAAAGCCAGAGCCGUAAAUGAAGUGCCCUCUAACAAUCUACCAGGCGCUGACUCCCAGCUAAAAUUGAAAAGUAUGGCCAUCCUCAGCUCAUUGACAAACACACCUCGCUAUUCGAGACAUGGAGACGUCUUUGUAUGCGAAGUUGACCACCGAAGCAUCUCCCCCUUUAGCAUUUUGUGCAAAGUACUCCCCCGUCUCUUACUCGGUUGCCUCAAUCUUCACCUGGAGCAGGGACGUCUUGAAAGUCGCUGUGGAUUUUGGAGCAAUCGUGCAGCCGCCGGCAUGAUCUCCGCCUCUCAACUAAACUAGAAAUGUCGGGAUAUGCGGACCAGGUCCUGCACCAUUAAGAUUUUCUACGCGGUCCGCCGCGGACAAUGGAAAAUUAAAACGAAAUUCGGAUUCCAGAGUGCGCAAUGCAGAAGGUACAACCGUUCCACCUCGCAAUCAUAGCACACGUUACGCAUUCACAGUGAAAAGUGAAACGAAGCGCAGUUAUUUGCUCGUCCCCUUGAGUCUCAUAUCAUCCGCCAUGCUGGUAGACGCAGUGAAGGGUAUCACAUACCAAACUGACGGACGAUUUCUCCACACCCUACGCAUUCAGACAAUUACGCGAAUCCCCUGAACCGGUAUCCACGAUCCCCUGUUCGCGGGAGAUUGCUCACCCGACACCACAACGGCGGAGGACAUGCGGUAGAGCAUAAACCUUUUCGCCUUCAUCUGCACAAGCUUCACAGAGGCCAUCGGCGCAAAAAUGACGGUGGUUAUGUUCCAACGAGCACCAUCUGAUGAAUACAACGCGUCUAGGAUCGGUGUGAAUAGAACUCGUCUUGCAUCUGUGGACAAGUCCACCUACCUGAGAAGUACAAUUCCAAGAAACUUCAAGGUCGGCGACGAAUUUGCAAGUCUACUCAUCGAAGCCAACCAUGUCUUCAGUUGCAGCAUCCUGUUUGGGAUCCCUGCGGCCUUCACGUGGGUCGAGCCGCCAUACUGACAACGCUCCUGUAUGGGAGCUCAAAAAUCUCCAAUACCGAGGAUCAACACUGCAAGGCCCAUCAUCUGUUAGCAUGCCCCUGCUGCCAAUUAACGUUCAUAGCACGCAUCGGAUUGGUGGACGUCUUUGGAUCCACUGUAAUGGAGAAGCGCCAACUCGUCAGCUCCCGUGCAGACCGUCCGCAUCACCAGCAACGUCGCGGAUAUAAACCCAUCCGCCCCGCUGCCAACCUGCAAUCAUUGUGGCCGCACCUUGACGCGACUCAUUGGCCUUGCCGACCAAUUACGAAUCCAUCGCAACGCCCUAUAGCGAGCGGAAUGUCGCAUGACGGAACAUGCGCGUCUCAUUUAAGUCGGAAGCACACCUUUGGACGUCGCUUGGUCCAUGAGUUGAGGACCAGGUCGCGCAUGGCACGCGUAGACUCGUCGUUUGCCUUAUACUUGAUACUUUCUGGUUUUGCCAUCAUUCAUCGGUUCACGGGCACAUACGAUUGACCGAUGAAUGAGGGAAUAAAUGGUGGGAUCGACAAUGGGAAAUCCAUCCUCACGGCAAAUCAGCGCACUUAUCAUUACAAUAACGCGGACGCUUUCACGUCUGGGGACGCGAUGACAGUCAUGAUUUAAAGGGCUGAAAACAGGCGGGGCAACUCGGGCCUCAGGACAGCGUGGGCCACAAUAGCUCCUUGAUGUGGCCUUCAUUGUACUCACCUACUUGAUAUUCCAACAACCUUUAUUGUAGUCUGGUACGUUUAGCGAAUGCCAAGUCGAGUGUCACGCGUAGCCGGGCUGUUUAGCUUUGUCAGUCGUUGUGAUCAUGCCCGUCUGUUAUCGUCUUGACCUGGCUCUUCCAUGGGUGAGGCGAGAGUGCGGUAGAUUCUGCGCAAGUUCGCCUCACUACAAAAUGAUUUGAGGGCGUCGCUGCGUCCACUCUGUGGGUCGCGCGGUGGACUUCAUCGCUGUCUGAUUUCCCCUAUUACCAGAAAGUGUGAACUCAAAAGUAAGCUAGCGUCAGCCACCGGUUUGUGUUGUCGUUCAAAAUACGCCGGUAUCUAAGGGCUACGUGUUUUUAGAUUUUUCCAUCGUAAAUUUCAUGCCGACAGGAUACCUGGUUGCAGACUUAUUAAUUCAUGUGCGCAGGUCGACCCUUGCAAAGUUAGUUUGUCUAAACACUAUGAACACAUUUUUGCGGUAGAGGUCGUCUGAACCAGAUUUCUGGUGCAGAUACACUGCAAACCUAGGAUUCUACCAUAUCGGCUUUCUUAAGUACUACGUAACAGUACUUUAGUGCUCUCAAAAGACCACAUUAAAGCCAACUCAAGUUUGAGUCGCCAGGCGAUACUCUAGGGUAUGGGGGGACCACUCCACUAGGGUUCAUGUGUGGUUAUUUUUGAUGUCCUGAAAGUGGAACUGAACACUGAAAACCAGACAAAGUAGUCGUGAAAUAGACUCUCAGUCUUACGAAAAGUUGACAAACGUUGAGACUAAGACUAGAUUCCAACCUUAUGCUAGAAGAUAGAAGUUGCAGCACCAAGAAAUCCCGCAAAACUGCCACAGCGUGUUAUCUGAACACGACUGAGGAUUGUAGAUCUCCUACGAUCUUAAAAACCUGUCAUAUUUCGGUAAUAUCCAAGAUUAUCAGUGCCGUCCUGUAAAGCUCGGCGGGUUUGAGGGACCGCAGCUUUGCAGAGAUAUUUCGGAAGCAUCGUAGAUUCCUUGGCCGUCUACGGACGCUCGAGCUGUGAUACUCUUGUGGGCUACAUCCACCUGACCAGGUUUAGUGACCAUCUUCCACUCCGUAUUGCAGGUUCCUCCGUCGAGAAGUAGGGGGAUUCUUAGGACUUAAACGCCCACUCCGGAGGCGACAGGGUUCCGAGUGACCGCUGUAGAACAUCCAAUCCCCUGCUUUACGUGAUAAUACCUUAGUAAAUAAGUUACACGAUUAAGUUGGUGUAUUUUUAUUAUAGUAUUACCUCAAGCUAUUAGGCAGUGAUGAGUCUGCUUCUACUCCCCGCGAAAUCCAGUCAACACUCAUCCCCAACCGCCAGUGUGGAAUUUGGCUUGAAUGAAACAAUCUCUGAAUGAUGUCUGCGUCACUGAAAACUCGAGAACGUCUUUACACGUAGAAUCUGGGGAUUGCGAAGAUGUACAGCGUUUGACGUCUGCGGUUUUAUCAAAUCGAGUGCAAAGUUCGAGGUCUUCAUCGAGUGGUCACUGCAGUAUCUUAGGGUUACAUGAGUAUACAGAGGAACUCACCAACACAUAGACGUCUUAAUUUGACACGCAGCUUGUACCAUUACGCCUGACGACGACCGGUCUUUAGCUGUUAAUCCCCCUAAAGCCCACAUUUCUUGUGGGAGACAGUAUAAGCAGACUGGUUCUACCCAUCUUGUGACAACCUUCGUCGCGCAUGUGAUUUCGUAUGUUCGUUGCCGUUAGUUCUACAUUCUGGGAGCCUACUCUUCUAUCACCGAAAGUGAUGCUUUACGUGUGUAGUAGCACCUGUUGAUUCUUGGGAAAGUGAGUUCUACGUCCACUUUUGAAAAAAGUAACUGGUCUCGGUCACAUCCCUCUUGCUUUUUUCUGCGCUUUUGACUUACACGUUUUACCCUCUGACAUGAACCUUCUCCUCUGAUGCGAACACUUUGAGGUCUCAUGGUGGUGCUUCUCGUGUGGCCUACAUGCAUAUUAUUACUGACAUUUUGUUGGCCUUCUGACGGUGGCGCUCCACUCUAGAAGAAUGACUUGCACCCGUUAAAAUAGGCAGACCCGUUAUUCUAGUCUGAUAUUUCUGGAGAUCUCAUUAGAUAGACAUUUCGCGGCUAUCCAAUACGCAUGAAAAGGUCGAUAGUUUGACUGUGCUUUCAGACCACGUAGGACUACUACACUUUCCUGACGACGGCUUGUUGCGCUCUGAAGUCGACCAUGGGGCUCUCGUCCUUGUGCGGCAGGUAACCGUCGCGUACGCUGCAAUAUCUGACAGAUUGGUUGUGACAACUUGCUUUGUCUUCUCUCAGUAGUAGUUCCCACCUAGCUCUGAUGGUAUUUGGGUGCUUCCUCGCAUGCUGGCGACUGUGUUUUGGUUGUGUUGGUUUACAUGCGUGUGGCCGGCUUUUGAUUAUUCUGUCUUCACCGCAAGUGCCAACUCUUGAUGUAGACUGUUGACGGUUUUGCUGGUUACACCCAGUCCAGUCGAGAGUACCUAAACAAUAGUAAAGUUAAUUUUGCACUUGGCCUAUUAUCUAAUUCCAACCCUUAGUAAGGGCUUGCAGUUUUAGUCGUAUUUUAACCUUAUCCAUCUACGAGCCCUUGCAUUGUCAUUCACUGUCAUUUUGGCGUCAACAUAUUUUCUAAGUCUUGCUCCGUAACUUGGGUGCUUUAGAUUCGGAAACAGUGGAGCCCGAGGAACCAGUCGAAAAGCCGGCAGAACCUGCCAAACCAGGCCUUUACGUUCCUGUCUACCUACGCCCUGGCGGCGCCCGGGUGACCAAUCGUCAGGCGCAGCCAAACAUCGAAAGCAUUGAAGAGUUCCCCACACUUGAUGCCGUCCAAGAGAAACCGAAAAAGGUCAAAACCCCUGCGAAAGUCGAGACCGAUGACUCUUGGAACGAAGUUAGCAAAACCUCUCAAGGACAUCGACCUGAUCCUUCUUCUCACGUCUACACUCCGCCUGUGCUACGUCAGGGCUCGGAGGUCAAACCCACUAAGUACUCAUCGUCUUCCAGUUACAGUCAAAAUCUGGAGCAGAGGUAUGGUAACGUUGCACCCCGGGAAUCCUUCCAACCGUCUACACAGUCUUGGAAACGUGGUGAAGUACUCUCUGGGUCUUCGUCCCAACUGUCUACAGAACAGGCGAAGUCUAGCGGCUGCGCCCGGGAACUUCCUCAGAGGUGAGUCUUAUCUUCUGAAUCCUUGGGUACACUUUGCGGAGAAUUUUAACGGGUUGUGUUUUCUCUUCGGCAGUCGUCCGACUUCGAAGCCUUACCAGAUUCCUAUUCAACGGAACAUCAUGGAAUUUCCCCAGGAAAAUCGUUUCGCAAGGCUUGGCGAUACAUGA